AUGAGGGCGCCGGUGCCGAAGGGCUGCGACCACAGGGAACCUGACUUCCUGGGCACGCACCAGCGCGUCAGGAAGUGCAAGGCCGCCCUUGCCAAGGCCAAGGGUGGCGACGAGGACGCUGGUGCCGCGGCGGGCAAGGGCAAGAAGGCGGAGAACGACGAGGAUGCCAGCGGCGCAGAGGCGGGCAAGGCCAAGAAGGGCGAGGGCGAGGAGGAGGACGCCGGUGCCAAAGCGGGCAAGGAUAAGGAGGGCGAGGGCGAGGAGGCGGGCAAGGCUAAGGAGGCUGAGGGGGACGAGGACGCUGGCACCGAGGCGGGCAAGGCCAAGAAGGGCGAGGGCGACGAGUCGGGCAAGGCCGAGGAUGCCAGCGGCGUGGCGGGCGAGCCCAAGGCGAGCGAGGGAGAGGACGGCGUCUCCAAGUGCUGCAAGUGCGAGGAUGGCUCCAUCGCGUGGUCUGCGAGCGGUACUUGUCGGCCCUGCGGCGGGGAGGUCGAGGUGAAGGUUCCUGUUCCCUCGGGGUGCAACCUCAAAGACGAUAAGUUCCUCGGCAACGAAAAGUGCGCCGAGAAGUGCGAGGGCGCCAUUGCCGAAGCGACAGGCGGCAGGGUAGCCAAGCACUCGGCCGCAACCAAGAAGGGCGAGGGCGUCGAGUACGCCGGCGCCGAGACGGGCAAGGCCAAUAAGGGUGAGGGCGACGAGGACGCCGGCGCAGAGGCUGGCAAGGCCAAGAAGGGCGAGGGCGACGAGGACGCCAGUGUCGAGGCGGGCAAGGCUAAGAAGGGUGAGGGAGACGAGGACGCCAGCGUCGAGGCGGGCAAGGGAAAGAAGGCCGGGGGCGACGAGGACGCCAGCGCAGAGGCGGGCAAGGCCAAGAAGGACGAUGGCGAGGAGGAGGACGCCAGUGCCAAAGCGGGCAAGGCUAAGAGGGGCGAGGGCGAGGAGGCGGGCAAGGCUAAGGAGGCUGAGGGGGACGAGGACGCCGGCACCGAGGCGGGCAAGGCCAAGAAGGGCGAGGGCGACGAGUCGGGCAAGGCCGAGGCAGGCAAGGGCAAGAAGGGCGAGAUCAGCGACGAUGGCGACGAUGGCGCCAGUGCCGAGGCAGGCAAGGGCAAGAAGGGCGAGGGCGACGAAGACGCCGGCGCCGAGGAAGGCAAGGCCAAGAAGGGCGAGGGCGACGAGGACGCCGGUGUCGAGGCGGGCAAGGCUAAGACGGGUGAGGGAGACGAGGACGCCAGCGUCGAGGCGGGCAAGGGCAAGAAGGCGGGGGGCGACGAGGACGCCAGCGCAGAGGCGGGCAAGGCCAAGAAGGGCGAGGGCGAGGAGGAGGACGCCGGUGCCAAAGCGGGCAAGGCUAAGGAGGGCGAGGGCGAGGAGGCGGGCAAGGCUAAGGAGGCCGAGGGGGACGAGGACGCUGGCACCGAGGCGGGCAAGGCCAAGAAGGGCGAGGGCGACGAGUCGGGCAAGGCCGAGGAUGCCAGCGGCGUGGCGGGCGAGCCCAAGGCGAGCGAGGGAGAGGACGGCGUCUCCAAGUGCUGCAAGUGCGAGGAUGGCUCCAUCGCGUGGUCUGCGAGCGGUACUUGUCGGCCCUGCGGCGGGGAGGUCGAGGUGAAGGUUCCUGUUCCCUCGGGGUGCAACCUCAAAGACGAUAAGUUCCUCGGCAACGAAAAGUGCGCCGAGAAGUGCGAGGGCGCCAUUGCCGAAGCGACAGGCGGCAGGGUAGCCAAGCACUCGGCCGCAACCAAGAAGGGCGAGGGCGUCGAGUACGCCGGCGCCGAGACGGGCAAGGCCAAUAAGGGUGAGGGCGACGAGGAUGCCGGCGCAGAGGCUGGCAAGGCCAAGAAGGGCGAGGGCGACGAGGACGCCAGUGUCGAGGCGGGCAAGGCUAAGAAGGGUGAGGGAGACGAGGACGCCAGCGUCGAGGCGGGCAAGGGAAAGAAGGCCGGGGGCGACGAGGACGCCAGCGCAGAGGCGGGCAAGGCCAAGAAGGGCGAUGGCGAGGAGGAGGACGCCAGUGCCAAAGCGGGCAAGGCUAAGAGGGGCGAGGGCGAGGAGGCGGGCAAGGCUAAGGAGGCUGAGGGGGACGAGGACGCCGGCACCGAGGCGGGCAAGGCCAAGAAGGGCGAGGGCGACGAGUCGGGCAAGGCCGAGGCAGGCAAGGGCAAGAAGGGCGAGAUCAGCGACGAUGGCGACGAUGACGCCAGUGCCGAGGCAGGCAAGGGCAAGAAGGGCGAGGGCGACGAAGACGCCGGCGCCGAGGAAGGCAAGGCCAAGAAGGGCGAGGGCGACGAGGACGCCGGUGUCGAGGCGGGCAAGGCUAAGACGGGUGAGGGAGACGAGGACGCCAGCGUCGAGGCGGGCAAGGGCAAGAAGGCGGGGGGCGACGAGGACGCCAGCGCAGAGGCGGGCAAGGCCAAGAAGGGCGAGGAGGGUGACUAUGGUACCAUCGCCGUGCUGGGGAGACCAAAGGAUGCCAAGGGCGACGAGGAGGCUGGCGCCGAGGUGGGUAAGGUCAAGAAGGGCGAGGGCGACGAGGACGCCGUCGCCAAGGCAGGGAAGGGCAAGAAGGCUGAGGUCGAUGAGGACGCCGGCGCCGAGGCGGGCAAGGCCAAGAAGGGCGAGGGCGACGAGGACGCCAGCGCCGCGGCGGGCAAGGUCAAGAAUGCCGAGGGCGACGAGGACGCCAGCGCCGAGGCGGGAGUGGCGAAGAAGGGCGAGGGCGAGGGCGUCGACGCCACGAUGGAGGACGAAGCCAGUGCGGCCGACGGCGGGGACGUCGAUGCCGCGCCGGUCAGUGCCAAGGCAGGCAAGGGGGGCGACGGCGAGGGUGCCGUAGAGGCAGCCAUGGUCAAGGAGGAGGCGGCGCAGGCGAAGGUCGUUGCCCAGGCGGACCUGGAGGAGGAUGUCGCAGACGCGUCCGCCGGCGGUGAGACCGACGGGGUGGCAGCGAAGUCCGGGGCAAGCGGCAAGGGCUUGUUGGCUGAACUUGGGAACAUCGAGGGGCGGUUGCAGGACAUCUCCGAGGAGGUGAAGCGGAUGCGCCAGCAGAGCCGCGGAGCCUCGGCGUCGAUGCUCUCCCGCGCGGAGCCCGGGGCCUUCGUGGAGGCGUCGGGGGAGGCCAGGCGGAAGGGGGCCAGCAGCAGGGAGCCCAGGGAGGGAGGCGGUGAGCUCGAGGGCGGCGAGGGGCCGGCGAGCGACGGCCCCAGCCUGGCGGACGGGCUGCGCGGCGUGCAGGAGAAGCUGGGGGACGCGCGCGGGGCGAUGGACAUGUACAAGAUCACGAGGGCGGAGGGGUCGCAGGUGAUGGAUCAGCUGGUGCGCACCCCGCGGCGCCAGCCUGGUGGCACCGCCUGGGCGUCCGCGCUGUCCAGCGGGAGGCGGCUCGAGGAAGAGGAGGACUACCCCAACCAGGAGUUCGACGGUGUCCUGGAGAAUGUGCACGAGGCCCAGGUGGCGAUGGACACGGAGUUGCGGCGCUACGUCAUGCGCCGCCAGCGCAGCUCCGAUGCGGCGAGGCAGGCCCUGCAAGAAGCGGCGGAGGCCGUGCAGGGCGCGUCGCAGCUGCUGCGCGGCAGGGCCAGCGCCGCCCCGCUCCCGCUCGCCCUCGCGGCGCCGCCGCGGCGGUGCCGUCGCCUCCCUGGCGCGGCGCGACGCUCGCCGACCUCGGCGCGCGCGUGGUGGGCCGUGAUCGCUAGGCCGCGCGCGGCCGCGCACCGCGAGUUCCUGUGGCCUGCAGCUGUCACGCGUUGA